GUCACGAUCCCUUUCAACGUAAGAGUCUUUCACUAGGCCUUCCAGAAUGUCUUCAUGCUGCAGCGAAGAUAGUGGGUGGUUAUCCGCAAGUCGAGGUGGCUCAAACAACAAUCCACCGUAUCAGGGCGAUGUGGCAUAUGGUACCAUCGAGUAUGGGCAAGCCCCUGAACUCAAACUUCCAUAUCACAAUUAUCCCCGACCAGGGUCGCAGCACCACGACCCAAGCAGCUCGCGAGCCGAUUUUGACGAAAAGUCCAUACCCACUGCAGCUCUCUGGAAGGAUGAAAUCAAGAAAAUCGUUCUAUCUACGGCCCCGAUGAUGCUUUCCAUGCUGCUUCAAACCUCAAUAUCAGUUUCGAGUAUCUUCGUCGUUGGGCGCAUGGGUGCACAGGAGCUGGGAGCAGUAAGCCUAGCCAAUUUGACGGCAAUAAUCACCGGCUAUUGCGUAUAUCAAGGCUUUUCCAUAAGCUUAGAUACCCUCUGUCCGCAAGCAUAUGGUGCAGGGAAUUUCAAGCUCGUCGGGCUUCACAUGCAACGAAUGACCGCCUUCCUUCUGUUCUUGACGAUCCCAAUUGGAGCUUUCUGGCUUAAUGCAGCAAGUGUUAUCAAAUUUCUCAUCCCUGACGAACACUCAGAGACCGCUGAGUUAGCUGGAACUUAUCUCCGGAUCGUCCUGCUGGGGGCGCCAGGAUUCGCAUGCUUCGAAGCAGGGAAGAAGUUUGUCCAAGCCCAAGGACUCUUUCGCGCUACGCUGUCUGUCCUUCUCAUCUGCGCACCUCUGAAUGCUGUCAUGAGUUGGCUGUUCGUUUGGAAGCUCGGCUGGGGUUUCAACGGCGCCCCCAUCUCUGUAGCAAUCACCAACAACCUCCUCCCACUCCUCCUAGCUCUCUACGUCCGCUUCAUCGCCGGAUACGAGUGCUGGCACCCGUUCAGCCGCAAAAAGAUCUUCCAGAACUGGAGCCCCAUGAUCCGCCUCGCGAUCCCCACGUUCCUGAUGCUCGAGGCUUGUUUCCUCGCCUGGGAGCUCGAGACGAUCGUGUCCUCCUAUAUCGGCUCGGUGGAACUCGCCGCGCAGUCAGCUCUCGCAUCGAUCGUUAGCCUUGGGUACCAGAUAUGCACUUCUGCUGCGAUUGCCAGCAGCACGCGGAUCUCGAAUUCGGUGGGUGCGGGGCUUCCGAGACGUGCGUUGGUUGCUACGCAUGUUUCGAUGGGCGUGGGCGUGCUUCUCGGAACGUCAAAUCUCGUCCUACUCGUUUGUCUUCGAGAGAAGAUCCCGCUCUUGUUUACAGCCGAUGUCGAAGUUGUCGCUGAAAUGAUGUCCAUACUUCCCAUCUACGCUGCCAUGGGGAUUUUCGACGGGAUCGUCUCGUCGUGCAAUGGGAUUAUCUGUGCGGUGGGCAGACCCAAGGCAGCUGGCUACUCGCAGCUAUUCUGCUCUUGGAUUUUGUGUUUGCCGUUGGGUUUACUACUGGCUUUUGUGGCGGGGUGGAAGUUGCUUGGGAUUUGGGUUGGGUGCUUGGUGGCGAUGGCCGUUUGUGCUGCUGUUGAGUUGUGGCUUGUGGUGAGGUUGGAUUGGGAAAGGGCGCUGAGUGAGGCGAAAACGCGGAAUGAGCGGUGUUUUGAGUAAGAUUUGGCGAAUUAUAGUAUGCCAAGGAGAGUGCCGGGGUUGCUGGAAAGGAAGAUGUGGUGGAAGUUGUGGGAGAAAGGGAGGGGAAAUGGGGAGGAGAAGAAGUAGUAGAAGAAGAAGAGGGACAUGGUAUCCUGGAUUUGUGUAGAAAUAUGCCUGUAUUAUAUAUAUAACAUAUACUCA